AUGUUCAUGUUCAUGGCCUUCUUGUUCCUUCCAAUGGUCGUAAUUUCGCCGCAGAAGUUUGUCCUGUUAUUUACUCUAGGUUGCCUGUCAUGGAUCACGGGAUUGGGCACCCUCCAAGGGGCCGGAGCAUUAGCCGCUGCUAUGAUGCAGAGGGAGCGUCUACCAUUCUCCGUUGGGUAUCUGGCUAGUCUUAUAGGGACGAUAUAUGCCACGAUGAUCGCGCAUAGUUACUUGUUAACUAUACUAUUUGCGGGGUUCGAACUUGUAACCCUAGGCGCAUUCAUCAUCUCAUAUUUCCCUGGAGGAAUCCGGGUCCUAGGAGUUAUAAAGGGCGUCAUUGUAGACCGGGCCAUGACCUGGAUGGGCAGGGCUCCCCAGGCAAUCUUGCCAAUCUAA